AUCCCAAAUCCCAAAUCCUGAAACCCAAACAUCCCAAAUCCCAAAAUCCCAAAGCCCAAACAUCCCAAAAUCCCGGGAUUUCAGGAUUUCAGGCACUGGGAACGCUUCAUUCCACAACCAUUUCCUGAUGCUCUUCCCGGUCGCUCCUCAAGGAAACGAUCGCCGCCGUCCACGCCGAUAUCCCGAUCCCGCCAAAUCCCAAAUCCCAAAACCCCACACAUCCCAAAUCCCAAUGCCCCAGAAUCCCAAAAUCCUGGGAUUUCAGGCACUGGGAACGCUUCAUUCCACGACCAUUUCCUGCCGCUCUUCCCGGUCGCUCCUCAAGGAAACCAUCACCGCUGUCCACGCCGAUAUCCCGAUCCCGCCAAAUCCCAAACAUCCCAAAACCCCAAACAUCCCAAAUCCCAAAAUCCCUAAAUCCCAAUGCCCCAACACCCCAGAAUCCCAAAAUCCCAAAUCCCAAAAUUCCAGGAUUUCAGGCACUGGGAACGCUUCAUUCCACAACCAUUUCCUGCCGCUCUUCCCGGGAGCUCCUCAAGGAAACGAUCGCCGCCGUCCACGCCGAUAUCCCGAUCCCGCCAAAUCCCAAAUCCCAAAAUCCCAAAACCCCAAACAUCCCAAAUCCCAAUGACCCAGAAUCCCAAAAUCCCAACACUCCAGAAUCCCAAAAUCCCGGGAUUUCAGGCACUGGGAACAUUUCAUUCCACAACCAUUUCCUGCCGCUCUUCCCGGUCGCUCCUCAAGGAAACGAUCGCCGCCGUCCACGCCGAUAUCCCGAUCCCGCCAAAUCCCAAAUCCCGGGAUUCCAACAUCCCAAAAUCCCAAUAUCCCAAUGCCCCAACAUCCCAAAAUCCUGGGAUUUCAGGCACUGGGAACGCUUCAUUCCACAACCAUUUCCUGCCGCUCUUCCCGGUCGCUCCUCAAGGAAACCAUCGCCGCCGUCCACGCCGAUAUCCCGAUCCCGCCAAAUCCCAAAUCCCGGGAUUCCAACAUCCCAAAAUCCCUGAAUCCCGGGAUUCCAGGAUUUCAGGCGCUGGGCACGCUCUGCUUGAUGACGAUUUUCUGCCUCCCCGGGCGCGGCGCUGCGGCGGGGCUGUCGCUGCUCCCCGCCAUGGCGGCGGCGCUGGGCAGCCCGUGCGCGGUGAUGUAUUUGCGGUACGCCUCGCGGAUGAUGCGGAAGGCGCGGGCGUUGGAGUAGGGGAUGUCGGUGAUGGGAUCCCAAAUCCCAGAACCCCAAACAUCCCAAAUCCCAAAAUCCCAAUGCCCCAACAUCCCAAAAUUCCCGGAUUUCAGGCACUGGGAAUGUUUCGUUUGAUGAUGAAAUUUCUGCUGUUUGGGAUGGGAACUCCUCAACGAAACCAUCGCUGUGGAUGAGCCCAUCUCCCAAAAUCCCAAACCCUGAAACCCCAAACAUCCCAAAUCCCAAAUCCUGAAACCCAAACAUCCCAAAUCCCAAAAUCCCUAAAUCCCAACACCCCAGAUCCCCAAAAUCCCGGGAUUUCAGGCACUGGGAAUGUUUCAUUCCACGACCAUUUCCUGCCGCUCUUCCCGGUCGCUCCUCAAGGAAACGAUCGCCGCCGUCCACGCCGAUAUCCCGAUCCCGCCAAAUCCCAGAAUUCCAACAUCCCAAAAUCCCAGGAUUCCAGGAUUUCAGGCGCUGGGCACGCUCUGCUUGAUGACGAUUUUCUGCCUCCCCGGGCGCGGCGCUGCGGCGGGGCUCUCUCCGCUCCCCGCCAUGGCGGCGGCGCUGGGCAGCCCGUGCGCGGUGAUGUAUUUGCGGUACGCCUCGCGGAUGAUGCGGAAGGCGCGGGCGUUGGAGUAGGGGAUGUCGGUGAUGGGAUCCCAAAUCCCAGAACCCCAAACAUCCCAAAUCCCCAAAUCCCAAUGCCCCAACACCCCAGAAUUCCCGG